UGUAUCUCACAAAUGAAGUGAAAAUCUGGGCACCUAGCAGCCAUUUUAACGUAUCGCCAGUGGCUCGUGUAGAAACAAUCGGGUCGACGUAUCAAAUACACCACCGCAAAAUCGUUGGCUGUGAGACUUAGUGUUUAGUUAUAGUGUGUAGGACUGGUGUCGAACUGAUACGAUUUCAUUUGCAAUGUGUGUGCACGAAUUGUGUUGACGAUUGUGACAUUUGUGUCCUCCGCUGCCUGCAAACCGAGAAUACGACUUGGUGUGCUUUAGGCGGAGCGCGAGCAAAUUAAGCUAGAAGCCCUGGAAGGUUUAAAAGUACAAAACAUGGGCAAUAAUGCCGCAACGGCGAACAAAAAAGUCGACUCUGCCGAGAGCGUAAAAGAAUUCCUCGACCAAGCCAAGGAGGAUUUCGAGGAGAAAUGGAAGAAGAACCCGACAAACACCGCCUGCCUCGACGACUUCGAGCGCAUCAAAACGUUGGGUACGGGCUCGUUUGGCAGGGUGAUGAUUGUGCAACACAAACCCACCAAGGAGUACUAUGCCAUGAAGAUCCUCGACAAGCAGAAGGUGGUCAAGCUGAAGCAGGUCGAGCACACCCUGAAUGAAAAACGCAUCCUGCAGGCAAUCAGCUUCCCAUUUCUUGUCAGUCUCCGGUUUCAUUUCAAAGACAAUUCUAAUCUGUACAUGGUGCUUGAGUAUGUGCCCGGUGGUGAGAUGUUCUCUCAUCUGAGGAAAGUGGGCCGGUUCUCAGAGCCCCAUUCGCGCUUCUACGCCGCCCAAAUCGUGCUCGCGUUCGAGUACCUACACUACCUAGAUCUGAUCUACAGGGAUUUGAAGCCGGAGAACCUGCUGAUAGAUUCACAGGGCUAUUUAAAAGUUACGGACUUUGGCUUUGCCAAGAGGGUCAAGGGACGCACCUGGACGUUGUGCGGCACCCCGGAAUACCUGGCGCCUGAAAUCAUCCUUAGCAAAGGUUACAAUAAAGCAGUCGACUGGUGGGCACUCGGUGUGCUGGUCUAUGAAAUGGCGGCCGGUUAUCCGCCUUUCUUCGCCGACCAACCCAUCCAGAUCUACGAGAAAAUCGUAUCGGGCAAGGUCCGAUUUCCAUCGCAUUUCGGCGGCGACCUCAAGGACCUCCUCCGCAACCUGCUGCAGGUCGACCUGACCAAGCGCUAUGGCAAUCUCAAGGCGGGCGUGAACGACAUCAAGGGCCACAAAUGGUUCGCCUCGACCGACUGGAUCGCAAUUUUCCAGAAAAAGAUCGAGGCCCCCUUCAUACCCAGGUGUAAGGGACCCGGAGACACGAGUAAUUUCGACGAUUACGAGGAGGAGGCAUUGCGUAUCUCAUCUACAGAGAAGUGUGCUAAGGAGUUUGCAGAGUUUUGAAUAGGUCUUGUGUUUGUAUAUGGCUCUUCCAGCGUCUGCCCUGUGCUUACAACACAAAUUGGCAUCUCUGCACUUCCACCUUGUCAUUGUUGUUGUUCUGCUUCAGAUGGGAUCAUUUUUAAAAUAGGUACAGUAAUAAUAAUAAUUGGUUGGAAAGUAUUACAUGUGAGAUGGCUUAGUGUAAAUUUUAUUGUAUUAUUAUUUAUUAGUCAUUAUUGUAUAUAUUGUAUAAUAGCGAUUUAUGCUGCAAGCUCACUAUUUACAUUAAAUAGUGGUCAAAUCAUGUUUUAGUUCUCCCUAGUGCAGAGACACCAAUAAUGUACCCAAAAAAACUCCACUUCCAUGUUGAUUCAGCCAGUAGCUGAAUGUACUGUCAUGUUUUAAUGAGAUUUGAUAUAUGUAAUUCAUAUACAAUCAACUAUUUAUGUAUAAAAUACAUAACACACAUACAUUUCCACUUUCUAAGAACACAGUCGCUAGUUAAUUUUAAUUUAUAGUGCCAAAUCACUUAUUUAUUAAUGAGCCCAAACCUUUGAUUUAGAUGACACCAAAGAAUAUUAAGAAGUCGGGAUGUUUGUCUAUUAUCUGAAUUAACAUGGAAUGGUUAUGUCAGCUGCCUCUAUAGCUUUCCACUAUUCCAACAGUGUUUUAUUUUUAUAAAAAGGGAAACUCUUCUUUUUCUUGUUACUGAGCUGAUAAUUCCCUUGUUCACAUCAAGAAAAUGCUAGUCAAUUACAAAAUACAUUUAAAAUUAACAUGAUGCAAUAUUUAUUAAUUUCUAGUUCCAAAUUUGACCACAUUUUUUUAUAUUCAGAUUUAAUAUUUUAACAUAUCUAAGUGAAGAGCUUUACAUUUCUCUCAUAGUCUCAAUUUUUAAUAAACAAAUGAUCUGAUAUUUAUUUUUAAGUACUAUAUAUUUAUGCAAAGCAAUGAACAUUAGCAACAACCAUAAAUGUACUCAUACAAACAUUUACUUUGGAAUUUUGCAUGUAUCGAUGUCAAAUGAUUAUUGGAUCCAGUAUUGUUAUUUAUGCUAACCUGUUUUGUAAGAUGGACAGGAAUGUCACUCGGCGAUUACGUCAAAAUUACUCGAGUGAAAACAAAUAAAUCCAUUUUGAAAAACGAGAUCGUUCACUGUUCCUUCGUUAUUUCGAUAACGAUCAAGUGAUUUAAUACAUACAGGGUACAUAAGAGAUCAUUCUUACCGCAAUGGAAUUCUUGUUGUCACAAAAUUUGUUUAUAUCUACGCCGUUAUCUGCUGUGUAAUGUUUACAAACACGAAUUUUUUUUAUCUUACGUCGUAACAAAAAUAGUUUUGUGUUUGCUGUUGCUGCACAAGGUUCUUCGAAUCGAUUCGCCGUUAUAUUAAUCGUUAAGGUGACAAUACAAUUCGGGAGGUAUUCGUAAAUAGAAUUUAUAAUGAAUCGUGUUAUUUUUCAAUUUAAAAAGAACGUUGGCCCAAACAUCAACACACCCGUAAUUCGUUUAAUCUGUGAUGAUCGAACUGCUACGUGCAAUUAAAAGCUGUGUGGGACGCCUCCACUGAUUAUGUACAAACUGUUAAAUUGCAUUAUGAAAUUAACAAUAGUUCUCGAUUUUAAUUAACUGGUUUAUCAACUUUUACCCGACGACACGUAAUUUUUAAUGAACCAAUUUUUUAGCCGUGCAAAACAAUUUGACUGUAAUAAUUUAGAACACCAAUUUCAGAGAGGUAUGUUACAUAACGUGGUUGUUGGAAUGUUUAUGUGAACUAGUUAUUUUAUAUUAAAAUCAAGAUGAUAUGUGAUAUGGAGAAUUGGGAAUGUUAAUAAGACAUUAAGCAGCAAUUUAAUGAGAUUUUCAGAUUUUAAUUAUAUUUGUCAGAUGUUUUAUUUAUCAAAUUUGUUGUAUUAUGUGUAGGUUUUUAAGAAUGUUUGUCAAUCAGUUGCACAUCUAUAUUCGUACCUUUUUUCGGUGGAUUCGGGAGGAACUUUUGGACUUGGAGUCUUGUAUAGUGUUGUUUUAUUUAUUUAAAUUGACUCGAAAUAUAAAUUUUGAAUUCUUAGUGAACCACGCCAGAUUUUCCGGAAGAAUCGUCCAAAUCCAGGCGGCCCUCCCUGAUCCACAUACGUUAGUUUGUAAACUAUAGUUUUUAUUUGUAUACCCUAAUUUGGUGCUUUGCAAUAUAGCUUUAUUUAUAAAGAAAUAUGAAUCAAGGAAAAUGACUCAAAUCCAAAGUUAUUACAGCGUAUUGUUUCGUUUCUCCAAUCCUUGGUAAUACUGUUGCUUACAUAUUAUUUAGGAUAUGUACAAUUUUCUAUUAUCAAAGAGUUUGGCGAAAGUGCGCCGAUGUUUUAGUAUGUUUGAUGUAAGUUCCUUUAUCAUUACUCCGCAAUUAUAUGUAAAAUGUAUUCGACGAGACAAUUAUCGUUUAAUUAGGAAGUGUUACCUUUACGUGUAAUCAAUCGUCCAUCCCAAACAGGCGCAUUUUCGUCUGGUUCUUUGACGGGAUCCUUCAGUUCCUCCAAAGACCCUGAUCAGGACACCUUAAGUUCCAGGGAACAGGCAACCUGGGUAUUAGUACGUUUGCCCCCUGAAAUUUAAGCCCUUAUAUCCGCACAGAUGGCAGAUUUGUCAAGGACAAUGCACGUCCCAUUAAUUAAAGAGAUACAUAGAGUAUAGACUAGAGCAAGAGGCAUAAAUAAUAUCAUUUGCAAUCAUAUUUUUUAAUAAAAUAACAAAACGGGUCAUUUAUAUUGGGCGAUUUGAUUACGCUGUGCCGGUGAGAUUAAUACAGGGUGUCAAAAUUGGAUAUUCACGAGUGAUGUAUAAUUGGGACACAGUUCUGGUAAUGAAUCGCCCUCUAUAAUAUGUGCACUCACCUUCGUUUGAAUAGAUAAUCCAUUGAUCGAGCGGGCAGUUCUAUUUUGAACCAUUUAAAAGUGUUGUACAUAUUGUUUUUUAAAGAAUCCAAUAUAAAUGGCUUUGUCUCAAUGUGCAAAACAAAACUGUGUGAAUGGAAAAUGGCUAAGUUAAUGUUGAUACCACUGACAUUGUUACGUUCUCGUUUGUUUUAAUUUAAGAGAGGUCAGACCGUAGAAGGGGCUCCACCAUUUUCUAUCCAUGAACUGUUCCAGCCUGCUUCCCGAAUUAAAGAAUUAAGAGUCGUUUUUUGGGGAUUUGCGAGCUCUCUGUGAGUUUGAUGCUCUAUGGUUUGACCGCAGUUUCAUCAUUAGUCCGACUGCAAGUGCUUAUAAUAGAGUGUGUAUAUGUAUGUCGUUAAAAACACUAUCACUCCAUCGGUACACUGAGCUCUUUAUGGUUAUUAAAUAUUAUUAAGAAGUAAUUGUGCUUUCAGAGUCCCGUUAUGUCCAAAAUAAAAAAAAAUCGCGCUGAUCGGUCUUAGUAGAAAUUAGCCUUCAUAGGAAUUGGAACACUGUGUACAUUUUAUCUUAGAUCUUAGGCCUUACGAUGAAGAAGCGGUUCUUGUAAUGAGCUCCCAGUUUAGCCCCAAACUAAAAAUUUGCGUUUACAAUGGUUGUAAACUCAAAUUUUACAAUUAUUGAUUAUCGUAAUAAUGUAAGGAGUAUUCUAAAAUUAUGGUAGGUACGCCGAAAUUAGUUUUCUUUCCCCAGAAUUUUUAUGGGACGUUAUUACAUGAACCUUAAAAUUAAUAGUCGAUCAGUAAAUGUAUUAUUUAUAAUUUUACGUUUAAUGGUAAUAUGAAAAUAAGAAAAAAUUACAUGAUUUUGCAUCAAAUGCGAAUUUUUGUUGUAUAUAUUCAGUUGUAUUUGUAUAGAAUUUUUGUCCUCUAUUAAUGCUACAUUUUAAAUACAUAUUGUCAUUUAGAUCGCUCUUUGAGAACAGUUUUAAAAUGUUGUUUUGAACAAUUACAAAAUAAAACAAGACUAUCCUCUA